CCUGGAUCUCGCCUCAGCCUCCAAUUAAUUGCGACUUUGAGAGCUUUUCGCAGUCCGUCACUCAUCUCUGAAUGUCGCAAUCGCUGUUGGUCAUGUCGAGAACGCCCUAAAAUCUGCAAGAUUCAUUGUACUUUUCGUAACUUGACUCGGAUGUCUCAAUGCUCUGGUUUGCGGCACAUUUCAGCUCGAUUCGUUAUGCGUUAGCCGACGACUGCUUUUGGAAUCAAAUUCCCCACAGAUUGUGGCUGUUUCAACCCCA